AUGACCUCUGCGCAAGAGGCCGAAUUUGGUAAAGCAACACACUGCCACAUCUGUGAACGGCCGUUUAAGCCAGAGGACGUUAAAGUCCGUGACCAUUUUCAUUUGGUUCCGGAAAAUAACUACAGGGGCGCCGCGCACAACGCGUGUAACAUUAAUUACAAGGAUGAGGUUGUUAUACCUGUUAUCUUUCACAACCUGAGCGGGUACGAUGCCCACUUCAUUUUGGAAAAUAUCGCGAAUGAUAUGCCGGAACAACUGCAUUUUUAUAAUCGUUUAGAGGAUAAGAACAUAUCAUCUAAACAGUACGCGCACGCGCAAAAUGUUUGGCAAUCAUUCAAAAUUCAAAAUUUAGGCGAGUACACGGACUUGUACAUGAAAACCGAUAUUUUAUUUUUGGCUGACGUUUUUGAGCAGUUUCGUAGCAGUUGCCAUAAGACAUACGGUCUCGAUCCGGCUAAUUACUACACCCUACCUGGAUACACCUGGGACUGUAUGCUGUUUAAGACACGUCAGACAUUAGAACUUUUGACCGAUAUCGAUAUGGUAAUGUUUGUCGAACGGGGAAUUCGUGGAGGUCUAAGUCAAUGCUCUAAACGUAAAAGCGCGGCUAAUAAUAAGUAUCUUCCAAAUUUCGACCCGAGUAAACCGGUAAAGUAUUUAUCCUAUUUUGACAUUAACAAUCAGUACGGUUGGGCUAUGUCCCAGUACUUGCCAUAUGGUGGGUUCGAGUGGGCCGAUACAAAUAUCGACGUCACCAGCGUAUCUGAUACUUCUCCUGAAGGGUAUUUGCUUGAAGUUGACUUGGAAUACCCUGAACAUCUACAUGACUCACAUCGCGACUUACCUUUCUGUCCCGAACAUAGCGCUCGUCCCGGAUGUAAAAAUUCUAAACUUUUGGCAACUUUACAGAAUAAGACCCGGUAUGUUAUUCACUAUAGAGCUUUAAAACAAGCACUUAAACACGGGCUCAAGCUUACGAAAAUCCACCGCGUAUUGAAAUUCAAACAGUCUCCAUGGCUUAAGUCUUACAUCGAUCUGAAUACCGCGUUACGUCAGGCAGCUAAAAACGAGUUUGAAAAAAAUUUGUUCAAGCUAAUGAAUAAUGCAGUAUUCGGAAAAACCAUGGAGAACAUCCGCAAGCACUCAAUCGUUAAAUUGGUUAAUAAAUGGGAUGGGCGUUAUGGUGCGGCGGCAUUAAUAUCUAAACCCGAGUUCAAGGCAGCUACCAUUUUCAACGAGAAUUUGGUUGCUGUCGAGUUAAAUAAGACUGAAGUUUUCUUUAACAAGCCGAUAUACGUUGGUAUGUCGAUCUUGGAUCUCGCCAAAACCACAAUCUAUGACUUUCAUUAUGACUAUAUGGUGCCCGAGUUUGGUAACGACUGCUCAGUCCUUUAUACCGACACCGACUCGCUGAUAUAUGAGAUUACUGAUAAAGAUGUCUAUGAAGUCAUGCGUCGCGAUUGUCACACUCGCCCAAUGCCGCUGAGGACCAUUCCAGCCGAUGUCUGA